AUGAAGAUCAUUCCCAAACCCAAUGACACUGAGGCCACGGAGUUUAUCCUGUUGGGACUGACCAGCCGACCGGAGCUGCAGCCCGUCCUUUUUGUGGUGUUUCUCCUGAUCUAUCUUGUUACCCUGACUGGGAACUUGGGGAUGAUUUUACUAAUCCACUUCAUGCCUCGUCUGCAAACCCCUAUGUACUUCUUCCUCGCCCAUUUAGCGUGUGUGGAUAUUUUUUAUUCCACUACUGUAUCUCCCCAGAUGCUUGCUAACUUCUUAUCUGUGAGGAAACCCAUCUCCUAUGCGGGGUGUCUUGCCCAGUGUUUUGUUUUUGUGACCCUGCUCCUUACUGAGUACUACAUGCUCGGUGCCAUGGCCUAUGACCAUUACGUAGCCAUCUGCAAUCCCCUUCAUUACAGCGGCAGAAUGUCCAGACCUGCUUGCACCUGCCUGGCCACCUUUCCCUACUUGGGGGGCUCAAUGGUGGGCACAAUGCAGGUGAUAUUGACCUCUCGCCUGUCCUUUUGCGGACUCAACACCAUCAACCAUUUCUACUGUGCUGACCCACCCUUGCUAAUGUUGACAUGCUCUGAUACUUAUAUCAAGCAAACUGCCUUGUUUGUGUCUGCAGGGAUUAACCUCACAGGUUCUCUGUUCAUCAUCCUCACUUCCUAUGUUUUCAUCAUCACCAUUAUGAGGAUGCACUCCAGUGAGGGGCAGCGCAAAGCCGUCUCCACCUGUGGCUCCCACUUGACAGCUGUCACAGUGUUCUAUGGGUCCCUCUUCUGCAUGUAUUUGAGGCCAGCAAAUGUGCAGUCUGUUGAGCAAGGGAAAAUUGUGGCAGUGUUUUGUAUAUUUGUGAGUCCCAUGCUUAACCCGUUCAUCUACAGCCUGAGGAACAAGGAUGUGAAACAAGCUUUGAGAAGAGUAUUUAUGAGAAACCUUGGUACAAUGGAGAAAAGUUCCAUUUCUACUGUCUCCCAAUAA